ACCUCAAAAAAAGCGUCUGGCUUGUGCAUCGUUUCUCAACAGUUUCGCCUGUCCGGGCACACACCCACCUUUAGCUCAUCCCUCAUCUUCGGGCUGAACCCUCGACCUGCCACUCGGUCCUGCUCGGCGGCCCGCUCACAACCACUUCCUACACCUAGCUAGUGUUGUCCCUUUUGACCGGCCGAACAGCACACAAUGGGGCUCGUCGAGGCUCUCGUUGACCAUGUGUCGGUCAAGUCGGUGCUGGUCCUCGUGCCAGGCCUUGUACUGGCCUAUAUCAUUGUGGCUGUCUUUGUGCGGCCCGCGUGGCAGGAAAUGAAGCUGUCACGGAUGCCGGGUUCAAGGGCAUUCAAGAUCAAGACGGUGAUGCCAUUCGGCCUCGACUUCGUCUGGGGCGGCAUCAGCGCAGGGAAGAAGCACGAGACCCUCAGAUUCUGGAGGGAUAUGUUCAAACAUGCCCCGUCUCAUACGGUCGAGGGCCGUCUUGCUGGCCGCCGCAUCGUCUUCACCGCCGACCACGAAAACAUCAAGGCCAUUCUGGCCACCCAGUUUAACGACUACGGCAAGGGUGAGCCCUUCCACGAGGAAUGGAAGGCCUUCCUCGGCGACAGCAUCUUUACCACCGACGGCGCCAUGUGGCAUGACAGCCGCCAGUUGAUCCGCCCGCAGUUCAUCAAGGACCGUGUCAGUGAUCUACACGUCUUUGAGAGCCACAUGCAGACCCUUUUCCGCGCUAUCGCGAACGGAGGUGCCUUAAACGGCGAGAACCAGCCCGUCGACAUCGAGGCUGGCAACGGGAAGCCCGUGGAUAUAUGCGAUCUAUUCUUCCGCUUUACACUGGACUCGGCCACUGACUUCCUCUUGGGUCAUGAUCUCAAGUCGUUAAGCAACCCUCAUCAAGAGUUUGCCGAGGCCUUCGGCGAGGUUCAGCGAGUUCAAGGCAUCAUCGCCCGCACCGGCUCUCUCCAAAAGCUCGUCCCGCGUGGCUCUUUCAACAAGAACAUGGAGGUAAUCAACCGCUUCGUCAACCUAUACAUCGAGCGCACUCUCCGCCUCACCCCCGACGAGCUGGCCAACAAGUCCAAGAGUGACUCGGGCUACACCUUCCUUCACGCACUCGCCGCAUACACGCGCGACCGCCAAGUACUACGCGACCAGCUGAUCGCCGUGCUGCUCGCCGGCCGCGACACCACCGCCUGCACCCUGUCCUGGACCGUCUACGAGCUCGCCCACCACCCAGAGGUGCUCAAGAAGCUGCGCGCCGAAAUCUUGUCCGUGGUCGGGUCCACGAGGGCGCCCACCUACGACGACCUCAAGAGCAUGAAGUACCUACAAAAUGUCAUGAACGAGACCCUCCGGCUGUACCCCAUCGUCCCCUACAACGUCCGCCUCGCCCUCAAAGACACCACCCUGCCACGCGGGGGCGGCCCCGCCGGCCUCGACCCCAUCAAGGUCCUCAAAGACACACCAAUCGGCUACUCCACCCUCGUCAUGCAGCGGCGCGCGGACCUGUACCCGCCCACCAGCGCAACCUUCGCGCCCGUCGAGGAGUUCUCGCCCGAGCGCUGGUACCACUGGCAGCCCAAGCCGUGGCAGUACAUACCCUUCAACGGCGGGCCGCGCAUCUGCAUCGGCCAGCAGUUCGCCCUGACCGAGAUGGGCUACGUGCUGACCCGCCUGUUCCAGCGCUACGACCGCAUCGAUAACCAUAUGGGCCCGCUGGAUGGCGGCAACCCCGUGCUCAAGGCCGAUAUUGUCCUGCAGCCGGCCUUGGGGGUUAAGGUUGGGUUGUGGGAGGCGAAGGGGGGGGAGAAGCAGUGAGUGGGUGAGGGUGGGGGUAGCUGUUUAGGAAUGUUGGGGAUUGGGUUGGGUUUAGGUUGGUUACUGGAGGCAUGUUGUGAUGAACUGAUCUUGCAUUUUUUCAUGGUUUUCUGGGCGGCUUCAACUUGUUUUUCAUGUACGAUAUAUUUCAUGACAAUUUGGGCGUUGGCUAGGUUUGGCUUUUCACAAAUACGAAUAGUUAGCGUGUCGCAACUUGCUUGACACUCAUCUCACUUGUUUCUUAAUGCCCCUCUACCACUCUGCGCCUCGCCCGUACUAAGUUUCU